AUGAGCAUCUCCGACCAGGCCGGAGGGUCCGGAGAGGCGUCAGGCCGGCGACACGCGGUCGAGGCCAGGCAGGAGGAGUCCGACGACGAGGAAUAUAAGGAAGCAGAGGGCGAUCAAGAAACCGAGGGGGCGGGUGAAGGGGAUGGCGACGGCAAGGACGGUGAGCAGCGAGACCGCAAUGUUGCCACUGGAGGAAGAAUGGGCGCGGACAGUCGAGGGCUUGGUCCAGGAGCAAGGGUUGAGCGUGGGUCUGCAGCUGUGGACCGCACCGCGGACCGUACGCUCCGUAGGUUGGAGGACACGAUGGUGGGACUGAAGGCUUUGAUUGCCGAUUCGAUUUUGGAUGCGGUGGCGCGAACGCGUUACGAGAUGGCCCCGUGGGGAAGGAUGGGGACGCUCGAGGCAGGUGUGGCGACUGCCGCGGACCGUGGAGCAAAGGGCUCGUCCGAGCAACCGGAGGCCCGAGAACCUGGCUGCGGGAGUUUGGCUCAGAAGUCCAAAGCCGCGGGUGCGACUGUCAAGAGGCCCUCGCCGAUCGCGUCUGGCACUGGAGGGCCGCCAGCAGCUGGAGGUGCCGCGACCCAGCAGGCUGGUGUGCCCUUGCUGCAUGGCGCAGAGGAAAUCCCUGACGCAGAUGCUAAGGCAACGGAGGCCAUGCAGAAGUGGAUUCGAGCUGUGAUGAAACGAUACAGGACUUUAAAGAACGAAAACGCGGAAGCGAGCGACGAGGUCGCCUGCUCUGCUGCGGUUGGACUCGAGACCGUGGCGGACGAUUCAUCCGCGAAGGGCAAGAAGUUUGUGCCCUCUGGUGCUGGGAGUGUGGCGUUUGUUUGCGCAGUUUCCUGGAUGCAGUGUAAGGGAUGUGAUCUGAAGAGCGCGGAAGCGAGCGCGAAACAGGCCGCGUUGCUUGCAGGAGCGAGCGAUCUGAGCGUGGUUCUCUACCUCGCGGUUUGGAAGCACAUCGUCACAGCAGCGAAGAAGGGACAUGAUGCUGCUAAGAUCGAACUCCAGGUCGCGAAACAUUUCGAGGUCGCGAAAAAAGCAUCUGUCACGAAAAAUGAGAAGAGCACCAUUCACGAGAAGGUGGAUGUGCUGAGAACCUGGAACUUCGACCCAGAUGCCGCAAAGAAGAUGCGGGCGCUGGGCUUGUACAUCGAGUGCGGUGACGAACGCGCGAAGGCCAAGAAUCGUGACGUUAGCCGGUCGCGUGUAAGAAAGAGUGCCGCGAAAUCUGAUGACGAAGGUGGCUCCCAGGCUGGAAAAAAGAGUGCCGCGAAAUCGGACGACGAAGGUGGCUCCCAGGCUAUUGAGCUUGACGACGAUGAAACGGAGGAAAUGUGA